GUUUAUGACCCUUUAGUGCCUUCCCACGCCAUUAUCUUCCAAACCAGAUCCUUCCGUCUAAUUCUGGAAUUAUUUAUCUCGGUGGGUGUGUGCUUUUGGUGGUUUAAAUGAAUGACUCUCAGCCUCAUGAUGGGGCGGAGCUGAAUGGCCAACGCCUGACGAUGAAGUCCCAACAGGCGAUCGACUCAGAUGCCGUCGAGGCUCGAUUUGCGGAGGUGGUUCGUGCGAGUAUCUACCCCGAUCAGGCGACGCAAUUAGUUUUGGAUGGCGGACAAGCGAGUUGGAAUGCUGUUCUGCAGGAUAAUUACCGUCGUCGAUGAGAAGGAAAAAGAGAAAAAAAAAGAAAGCGAAGGGGAAAUGUUUUGGGCGCCUAAGGUUUAGGGGAGAUUGACUCACAUUAUGAGUGGUCAGGCUGUUGUGCGAGACUUACGCGUUUGAGUUUUGUAUUUCUUUUGCUAGGUGUAAAGUCUCAAUUACCUUUCCUUAUAAAACAACCUUAACCAUCCAAACGAUGCAUCCCUAAUAACGAGCUGAGUGAGAUUUAUUUUCAUUAUUUUAGAGCUUCAA